UGAGCCAGAGAGAAACCUUUGGGAGAUUUUGGGGCUAUCUAUUAUUGCAACAGAUCUAACAAAAGCUGGUUGAUUAUAUUUGGUAUACCUUUGACUCCCCCACGCGUCUCUUGGUUGUUGUACUCUAGGGGCUUGCGUGUUGCUGUGACGCUGGAAGCUAUGCCGCCAGUAUUCAAAUACCAGCAGGGUCACCCAUGGAGGACAGGUUUCAGCUGAGCUUCCAGACUAAGAGAGACUAGGAAGAAGGAUUUGGCGGUCCACUUCUGAAAAGAUUUAGCCAGUAAAAACCUCAUGCGUGAGUAGCAGUAGAGUACUGUAUGAUACAGUGCUGGAAGAUGAGCGCCUCAGGUUGGAAGGCUGUAGCAGUGGGCUCAAGCAUAGCAGUAAUUGUGAGGAUGGCACAGGACCUGGCAGUGUUUCAUUCUGUUGUACACAGGGUCACUGUGAGUCGGAACCACCUCGAUGGCACCUGACAACAGCGUACCUUUGACCAUCUCUAAGUCUUUCUGAAUAGCUUUAUUUCAGUUGUGCUUUUCGUAUUGAGCAUAGAGCUGGGUUUUGUUUUGUGAGCAAAUCUGAAAAUCUUUUGUAACCCUUUUACUGUUACUGAUAUUACUGGUUUUUAACUCUGUUGUGUUACUUUAUAUUUACUGUGUGUUGUUUUAUUUGCCAUGUUUUUUUCAUAUGAAGGUUUGUUUUUGUUCUUUGGGUUACUUUUAUAUAUAUCUUUUUUAAUACUCUUACCUUCUUUUCCUUACUUAGAACCAAAACCAGACCAGUUACUAUUGAGUUGAUUCUGACUUGUGGUAACCCCGUUUGGUUCAGGGUAGAACUGUGCACCACAGAGUUUUCAAUGGCUGUGGUCUUUAAGAAAUAGAUCGCCAAACCCUUCUCCAAAGGCAUCUCUGGGUGGAGUUGAACCACCAGCCUUUCAGUUAGUAGCUGAGCACUUAACCAUUUGCAUCACCCAGGGACUCCUUUCCUUUCCUCAACAUCUAUUAUUUCGUUUGCUUUGAAAAACCCUUAUUAUAUACCUAGUCUGUGGGCAUAUUUUACUCCCUCCCUCCCCUUUUCUCCAUUGUUCUUUGAGUUUCUUUUAGUUAUUUCUACUUUGUCAGAACAUACGAUAUUUCUAUAUUGUUCUUCCACCUUUGUCCUCUCUUUUUUCAUCUUAAAUCUAUAAUAAAGCAUAUUCAGUACCACCACCAGUCUUUUUUCCGAUGUUCUCUAGUCAUCUUUUAGUUGGAAGUUCGUAUAGUAUCCCUGAAGCUCUUCUUACUUGUUUAAAAGUGCUUGUCUUAGGUACCUAGUGCUGCUGUAACAGAAAUACCACAGUUCAGGAGGCUGGAAGUCCAGUUCAGGGUGUGGCUCAGGGGGACAUCUUUUCUUGUUGGUAGCCCUGUAAGUUCCUUGGCGUUCUGUAGUGUCUGUCGUCCCCCGUGUGUGUCUUUCUGUCUGUUCUGCUCUUGUGACUCAGAAGUGAUUAGGUUUAGGAUCCACCUACUCUGGUAACAGGAGCCCUGGUGGCACAGUGGUUAAAGUACUUGGCUGUGAACUGAAAGGUCAGCAGUAUGAACCCACCAGCUGCUCAGUGGGAGAAAAAUGUGGCAGUCUGCUUCUGUAAGAUUUACAGCAUUGGAAACCCAGGUCUUUUAGAUCUAUUCUCAGCAUUUCCUCACUCAGAGUGGAACUUUUUAUUGCUAUGGUGUUAUUGUCUUUUACCUGCCAUUGCUUGGACCGGGCUGCACUCUCAUCUUUUGUCUGCUCUGUACCCCCUGAUCCAUUCCAGCAUGAGCUCUGUUGCUGACUCAGCUAGUUUUGGAUUUUUAUUUUCCCAAUUAUAUUUAAAUUGAAGUUUGUUGUAUCCUGUCUUCUACUUUUGCUGUAGGCACAGAUUAUGAGUGGUGAUAUUUGUUCCUUGUUUAUCUGUAUGGUUUUGGGAGGAUGUGUGGAGAAUUAGUAUUUAGACAGCCUUCAUUAUCCUAUAGGAACCAGAAGUCUCAUCAGUGUUUUUUUUUUUUUAAUUUAUUUGAAUUUGUUGAGAAUAUACACAGCAGAACAUAUACCAAUUCAACAAUUGCUACAGGUACAAUUCAGUGAUAUUGGUCACAUUUUUCAAGUUCUGCAGCCAUUCUCACCCUUUUCAAAAUUGUUCACCAUUAGCAUAAAUACACUGCCCCCUGAGUUCCCUCUCUAAUCUUUCCCGUUGCUGUUGUCAGUUUGAUCUCAUAUAGGCAGUUCUUAAAAGAGCACAGUUCUCAAGACGGACAUUCUUUACUAGUUCAAGCUAAACUAUUUUGCUUUAAGAAGACUUAGGGAGGUAGUUCUCGUUUAAGCUUUAAAUAUUAUUUCAGGGCAAUAGUUCCAGGGGUUCAUCCAGCCUCCAUGGCUCCAGAAAGUCUGAGUUCCAUGCGAAUUUUAAAUUCUGUUCUGCAUUUUCCUCCUUUUGAUCUGGAUUCUUCUAUAGACAUUUUGACCAGAAUGUUUGGUAAUGGUAGCUGGGCACCAUCCAGUUCUGUCCUCGUGGCGCAAAGGAUUCAGUUUUCACGGAGGCAAUUAGCAACACAUUCCAUUUCCUCCGCCCAUUCCUGACUUUCCUUCUUCCUCCUUUGCUCCAGGCAAAGAGAGACCAAUUGGAUGGUCUCUUAACCUCGGAUGGGGGCUUAACGAGCUUUUAAGACCCAAGGCACAACGCAGUGUAACUAGGUGGUAGGACAGAAGCACUAAACACGACAUCAGGCCAAUUAACUGGAAUGUCGCAUGAAACCAUGACCCUAAACCUUCAAACUAAGGAGCCAAAUCCCAUGAGGUGUUUUGAUGUACAUGAGCAGCCUCAGCAGCUGGUCUUUGUUGUUGUCAUUUUUGUAAAUACGUCUGUCACAUAACUCUGCCAGUUCAACUUUUUACAAGUAUACAACUUACUGACAUCAAUUAUAUUAAUUGGCUGUGUCGUAGAUAUUUUAUAAAGAUUUCAGUUUAGCUUAAAAAUGGAAUUUUUGUCAAGAUUGAAAUUCAAUUUAAAAACUAUUCUUGGCAAGUCGUGUUGUGUAUAAAGGUCAUUUCUGAGAUUAUUCAAUAAUUACUAUUCUUGGCUUUCUUAUGUAUUUUAGUAUCUUUGUGUUGUUUUAUUAAUGGGUCUAGCCCAUACAUAUUUCCCCUGUAUUAGAAAGGCUAUUCUCCAUAUCAAGUUGAGGCAUUGGGACAUAACUACCAAAAUAAAGAUCACUCAGCUUUCCUUGAUGUACUUCUCAUAAACUUCAUUUAUGGAAAUUAAGUUUAAGCACAGAUACUUUGGUCAGACGAUCCUUAAAAAAUGUCUCAUGUGGUUUUCUGUUUCUGAGGAUAUAUAUAUAUAUAUAUUUUUUUUUUUUUUAAAUAAACAGAACUAAAGUGAGAAGUUAUCAGAAAAUUGAAUCAUUGCCGAAUUGAUUGACAAACUUCUCUUAUCGAAGAGUCUAAGUUGGAGUGCUGGGACGGUAUUUGCUCUGUAUAAUGCUGGCUAGUUUUGGUGUGAUUUUAUCUUCCAAGAUGAGGAAAUGAGGCUCAGCGAGAGAGUCCUGCUGUUCUAACCCAGUGCCGUCGAGUCGAUUCCGACUCAUAGCGACCCUAAAGGACAGAGUAGAACUGCCCGAUAGAGUUUCCAAGGAGCACCUGGAGGAUUCGAACUGCCGACCUCUUGGUUAGCAGCUGUAGCACUUAACUGCUACGCCACCAGGGUUUCCACUGGUAGGUAACACACAGCUAAUUCGUAGGUAGUCUGACUCCAAAGCCCACAUCCUUUUCACUGCACCUUGUACUUCUGUAUUGCCGUUUUGUGAAAAAACACAGGAACUUAUAAAUGCUGCCUCAAUCUAGUGCCUGUAGGCUUUUGGUGAAAGAAUUCAAAUUAGAAUUCUGACCAGUAUCUCUCACCUGCCUUUCUCUACAGUGUCUCCCGUUUGGUCUCUGUAUCUCUCCUGCCUCGGAUUUCCUUCCUGCAUCGACAUGAAAGAAAUUGAACUAUUUGUAAAUAUAAUUACACCCAGAAAUAAAGUAUUCUUGGAAGAGUUAAGUUUAUCUAGGGAAACCCCAAGUUUUUAGAAAUCUGCAGAGAUUACGGAAAAGAAAUAUCAGAUGAAAAUAAAUUCCAUAUUGUUGUUAGGUGCCCUGAAGUCAGUUCUGACUCAUAGCAACCCUUUCCACAACAGAACGAAACACUGCCUGGUCCUGUGCCAUGCCCACAAUUGCUACCAUGCUUGAGCCCAUUGUUGCAGCCACUGUGUCGAUCCAUCUCCUUGAGGUUCUUCCUCUUUUUCACUGACCUGCUUUACCAAGCAUGAUGUCCCUCUCCAGGGACUGAUCCCUCCUAAUAACAUGUCCAAAGUAUAUGAGACACAGCCUUGCUAACCUUGCUUGUAAAGAGCAUUCUGGUCGUACUUCUAAGAUUUGUUCAUUCUUUUUGCAAUCCAUUGCAUAUUCAAUAUUCUUCACCAACACCACAGUCGAAAAACGCCAAAUCUUCUUUGUCUUCCUUAUUCAUAGUCCAGCUUUCACAUGCAUAUGAGGUGAUUGAAAACACAAGGCUUGUGUCAGGCACACUUUAGUCCUCAAGGUGACAUCUUUGCCUUUCAGCACUUCAGAGAGGCCUUUUGUAGCAGAUUGGCCCAAUGCAAUGCAUCUUUCGAGAUUUCUUGACUGCUGCUUCCGUGGGUGUUGAUUGAGGAUCCAAGUAAAAUGAAAUCCUUGACACCCUCAAUCUUUUGUCUGUUUAUUACGAUGUUGCUUAUUGGUCCAGUUGUGAGGAUUUUUGUUUCCUUUAUGUUGAGGUGCAGUCCAUACUGAAGGCUGUGGUCUUUGAUCUUCAUUAGUAAGUGCUUCAAGUCCUCUUCACUUUCAGCAAGCAAGGUUGUGUCAUCUGCAUAACACAGGUUGUUAAUGAGUUUUCCUCUAAUCCCGAUGCCCCGUUCUUCUUCAUAUUAGUCCAGCUUCUCAGAUUAUUUGCUCAGCAUACAGAUGGAAUAGGUCUGGUGGAAAAAUACAACCCUGACAUACACCUUUUCUGACUUUAAACCAUGCAGUAUCCCCUUGUUAUGUUCCAAUGAUUGCCUCUUGAUCCAUGUACAGAUUCCUCUUGAGCACAAUUAAGUGUUCCAGAAUUCCCAUUCUUCGAAAUGCUAUCCACAAUUUGUUAUGAUCCACACAGUUGAAUGCCUUAGCAUAGUCAAUAAAACACAGGUAAACAUCUUUCUGGUAUUUUCUGCUGUCACCCAGGAUCCGUCAGACAUCAGCAAUGAUAUCCUGGUUCUGCGUCCUCUUUUAAAUCUGGCUUGAAUUUGUGGCGGUACCCUGUCGAUAUACUAUUCCAGCUGCUUUUGAAUGAUCUUCAGCAAAGUUUUGCUUGUGUAUCUUAUUAAUGAUACUGUUUGAUAAUUUCCACAUUCGGUGGGAUCGUGUUUCUUGGGAAUAGGUAUAAAUAUGGAUCUCUUCCAGUCGGUUGCCCAGGUAGCUGUUUUCCACAUUUCUUGGCAUGGACGAAUGAGCACUUCCAGCGCUGUAUUGGUAUGUUGAAACAUCGCAAGUGGUAUUCUGUCAAUUCCCAGAGCCUUGUUUUUCACUAAUGCCUUCAGUGCAGCUUGGACUUCUUUUUCAGUACCAUCAGUUCCUGGUCAUAUGUUACCUCUUGAAAUGGUUGAAUGUCGACCAAUUCUUUUUAGUAUAGUGACUCUGUAUAUUCAUUCCAUCUUCUUUUGAUGCUUUCUGCAUCGUUUUAAUAUUUUCCCCGUAGAAUCCUUCAGUAUUGCAACUCGAGGCUUGAAUUUUUUGUUCAGUUCUUUCAGCUUGAGAAAUGCUGAGCAUGUUCUUCCCUUUUGGUUUUCCAUCUUCAGGUCUUUGCACAUGCCAUUAUAAUACUUUGUCUUCUCCAGCCGCUCUCUGAAAUUCGUUCAGCUCUUUCCACUUCGUCAUUUUUUCCUUUUGCUUUAGCUUCUUGACAUUCAAGAGCAAGCUUCAGAGUCUCUUCUGACAUCCAUUUAGGUCUUUUCUUUCUCUCCUGUCUUUUUAAUGCUCUCUUGCUUUCUUCAUGUAUGAUGUCCUUCAUGUCAUUCCACAACUUGUCUGGUCUUUGGUAUUCAGCGUGUCAAAUCAAUUCUUGCUUGAGAUGGUCUCUAAAUUCAGGUGUGAUAUACUCAAGGUAUGGCUCUUGUGGACUUGUUCUGAUUUUCUUCAGUUUCAACUUGAACUUGCAUAUGUGUAAUUGGUGGUUUGAUCACAGUCGUCGAACCCUGAACUUGUUCUGACUGAUGAUAUUGAGCUUUUCCAUCGUCUCUUUCCACAGAUGUAGCCACUUUGAUUUCUGUGUGUUCCAUCUGGUGGGGUCCAUGUGUAUAGUCACCAUUUAUGUUGGUGAAAAAAAGAUAUUUGCAAUGAAGAAGUCAUUGGUCUUACAAAAUUCAAUCAUACGAUCUCCGGCAUUGUUUCUGUCAACAAGUCCAUAUUUACCAACUACCGAUCCUUCUCCUUUGUUUCCUACUUUUACAUUCCAAUCCCCAGCAAUUAUCAGUGCAUCCCGUUUGCACAUUCGAUCAAUUUCAGACUGCAGAAGUUGGUAAAAAUCUUCAGUUUCUUCAUCUUUGGCCUUAGUGGUUGGUGAGUAAAUUUGAAUAACAGUUUUAUUAACUGGUCUUCCUUGUAGGUGUGUGGAUAUUACUAUAUCACUGACAGUGUUGUACUUAAGGAUAGAUCUUCAAAUGUUCUUUUUGACAAUGAAUGCAACGCUAAUCCUCUUCAAGUUUUCUUUCCCGGCAUAGUAGACCAUAAUGAUUGCCUGAUUCAAAAUGACCAAUACCAGUCCAUUUCAGCUCACUAAUGCCUAGGAUAUCGAUGUUUAUGCAUUCCAUUUCACUUUCGACGAUAUCUAAUUUUCCUAGAUUCAUAUUUCGUACAUUCCAGGUUGCGAUUAUUAAUGGGUGUUUGCAGCUAUUUCUUCUCAUUUUAAGUUGUGCCACGUCAGCAGAUGAAGGUCCUGCAAGCUUGACUCCAUCCACGUUAUUAAAUUUGACUCUACUUUGAGGAGGCAGCUCUUCCCCAGUGGUAUUUUGAGUGCGUUCCAACCUGAAGGGUUCAUCUUCUGGCACUAUAUGAGUGUUCUGCUGCUAUUCAUAAGGUUUUCACUGGCUAAUUCUUUUCAGAAGCAGACCGUCAGGUCCUUUUUCCUAGUCUCUUAGUCUGGAAACUCAGCCGAAACCAGUCCGCCAUGAGUGACCCUGCUGGUAUUUGAAUACCGGUAGCAUAGCUUUCAGCGUCAUAACAACAGAUAAACCCCCAAAGUGCGACAAACUGGCAGAAGUGUGGGGAAAUUGCAUGUAGAGGAGGAAACACAAGAAUAGAAGAGGCUUGUGAAAUGUAUACCAGAGCUGCAAAUAUGUUCAAGAUGGCUAAAAAUUGGAGUGGUAUUCUUGUUAUUGGAAACCAAGGCACAGAAUGGUUAUGUAACUUACUUAAGGUUGCACAACAAGUAAGUGGUGGAGCCAAGAAUCGAACCCAAGCAGGCUGGUUUCAGAGUUUGCAGUGCUUCCUUCUCUCAGAUGAAACUUCAGAAAACCAGCUGCGGGAAAUGCAUUUUGUCAAGCAGCCAAGCUCCAUAUGCAGCUUCAGAGCAAACACGAUUCUGCCACUAGCUUUGUGGAUGCCGGGAACGCUUAUAAAAAGGCAGACCCGCAAGGGAAGGUUUUCAAUUGCGGCCAAGCACCACAUUACUAUUGCAGAGAUCUAUGAGACUGAACUUGUAGACAUUGAGAAGGCUAUUGCACAUUAUGAACAGUCUGCUGAUUAUUACAAAGGAGAAGAAUCCAACAGUUCUGCUAACAAGUGUCUGCUGAAGGUAGCAGCUUACGCUGCCCAGCUCGAGCAGUACCAGAAAGCCAUUGAGAUCUAUGAGCAGGUUGGGACAAACACUAUGGACAACCCUUUGUUGAAGUACAGUGCAAAGGAUUACUUCUUUAAAGCAGCCCUCUGCCACUUCAUAGUGGAUGAGUUAAAUGCAAAGCUUGCUCUUGAGAAGUAUGAGGAAAUGUUUCCAGCAUUCACUGAUUCGAGGGAAUGUAAAUUAUUAAAAAAACUUCUAGAAGCUCAUGAAGAACAGAACAGUGAAGCUUACACUGAAGCAGUAAAGGAAUUUGACUCAAUAUCUCGCUUGGAUCAGUGGCUUACUACCAUGUUGCUUCGUAUCAAAAAAUCCAUCCAAGGGGAUGGAGAAGGAGAUGGAGACCUGAAGUGAAGUGUCGGUCGGUGUCUUUGUGGCAUGCAGCUACUCCUCUUUAUUGUUGUCUUAGGGCAAAGUGUUCUUUAUGGGAUGCCCAUUUCAUGGCUUAAUUUUGUUGCAUACGAGCCAAACGAUCUUGUGUAUUAUUUAAAUUCACCGUGUCUGUGUGAUGGUGAUUAUAGGUGUGAUGCGCGAUUCAUGCUUGUCAGAGCCCCCGAGUUUUAUGAAAAGUACUUCGUAAAUCUUAUUCCUAUUAUUUUGAUAUUUGCAGAGCCUGUCUUUAAUUUUGCCACGUUUUUAUGUUCUUUUUCUUGGACCUGAGUACCCAACCUAAAUGUUUUCAUAUAUGUUUUGUAUUCUCUAUACAUUUGCAUAUGGGUGUAUUCUCCAAAUGUAUAUGUUUAGUUAGGACAGUUGCUAAGAAUGAGUUUAUAACUUUCUUCUUUAGAAAUCGUUCGUGUUUUUUGUAUCCUGUGACUAUUUUGGUGGUGCUGGUGACACGUUCCAAUGCUUUUUAUAUUGUUUUGUAUGUUCACAUGUGCAUGGCAGAAAUCCAGAACAGCCUAGGUCUGUUGGCAUCACUCCCACUGUGAGGACAGGGCCUCCUGGCAGUGCUGGCUUGUGUGCGUGGACGUUGUCGAGGUGGAGCUAACUGACUUGUACUUACAGAGAGAGAGAGAGAAAGAAAAUCAAUGAAAGACUAAUUCUCCUGUUCCUUUAUAUACUUUCUUCCGUUUAGUUGGGUAGAAAUCCCUUUCUUUAUAUUCACAUAAAGAUGUUUUAAUUGACACAUACUUUUUCCUGGUUUUCAUCUUCAUACACUUUCCCACAUUGAUGUAUAGUGUCUUCUGUGCCACAGUCAUUUAAAUUUGGUCAAGGCUAGUAGAUUACCUGUGCUGAAGUUUGAGGAUGUGUGUAAAUAACUAUAUCCAUUUGUUUAACCUGAUGGUUGUUAGGUGGCUGAAUUUGGUUACUUCAUUUGCUAUAUGCCCAGUUGGGCAUGGUUUUUCUCCUAGAUGAUGGAAUUAUUUUAUCUCGUGUAUUUUAACUCUGACCUGUUUGUUUUGAUUUAAAUAAUAUAUGCUCUCUUGAAUGAUGAAUUUGAUCCUACCCAUUCAUGUUGUGUGCUGGCUGAUACUAUAGUUUAGAUGUAGUCUUGUUUCCUGAAUCUCCUGUGCAUAUUUUUAUGUUCAAAUGAUGUGCUUGAUCAUGCAUUUGUUACCAUACACAACCCAUGAUUCUGUCUGAAUUGUGGUGCUGUCAUUCGUGACAGGUAAUGAAAUUUCCCACGUUAUGUCCCGUAACAACCAGUAUUUGAAUGGUGUUUUCGUUUGGGGAUGCCCCUUGACUGGCGCGGGUAGGAUCAUGUUGUGCAGAGGUGACGUGAGUGUGCCCAGACCAAGAGCAGAGCCAGGAAAGGUUUGGGGGGUGGUGACUUGGUCAGUCUAGGGUGAAAGAGAAGGGAGUUGAAAAGAGCCAGCUGAGGCGAGAUUGCGGUGCUUCUGCAUCAGGUGAUGCCAUGGUGAGCCUCAGGUAUUUUCAUGGUGGUGCCCAGUCUGGUGGAGCAGAAAGCUCGGUGAUGUCAUAAUGUCAGGUGGAUGGAGGGCGUGGACACUGGUCUUGAGCCUGAGGUAAUCACUGGCAUUCCUUCUUAAAUAAAGUGAAAGCUGGUCACCACUUAAGGUAAAAUUUGGAACAGAGCCCAAUUGCUACUUCAUUUCCUAUUGGACUGCCUUAAGAAAAAAAACAGGAAAAAGUGAGUUCUUGUUGCUAUGCCUGAUGUACUUACAACCAGCCAACUUUGGGGAUUGGAAAUUUGGGAGUGGUUUGUAGGUUAUUUCCUCUCGUUUUAAGUCUGUUCCAUUUGGAGAACAUUUAAACACUAGCCAGCCACUGUGCUUGUUUCGUUGAGCUUGCAGAGUUUGUUUCCACUUGUUAAAAGAAUCUUCUGGUCUGAAGACUAAAGUGAAAACCAAAUGAUCUUUUUUAAGGCCAUUCAGUUUACCUAUCAUCGUGAUCCCCUAGCAGACCCCCGUCUAAAGAAGAGGUAUGGCUUUUAAAAAUAGCAUUUGUAAAAUUUUGUUAGUCAGUCACCGUUUGUAUUGAAAUAAGCGCUGGGAUCAGUGCCUGGGUUAAGAAUUAUUUUUAAUAUUUUACAUGAAAACAUAAAAAUAAUUGCAACGGCUAGAACAGACCUUCUGGAAGAAGAUAGAAAAAAAGCCAGGUAACCGUGUAUAAACUUACUUCUUUCAGCUGUUCUGUUGACAUAGAAUAGUACCAUGUUUUUUCCAGAAUGCCUACAAGUUAGGUUUUCAAGAUAUAUAGAGUGUUAUUUAUGAACAAAGCAAUGAUUAGUUAUGUUACAGUUGUUGUAUUUUAGUACACCUGGGGUUAGUUCAUAGUUAAAAUUUCUUACAGGAGAGCUUUGCUUUUGUGGCUCGUAUCCUUUGUGUUCCUUAUUUAAUGAUAUGAAAACAGUAUUUUUGCACAGUUGUGACCAUGUGUGGUGGAGUCACUAUAACCAAAGUAUAUGUGCUAGCCCUUGUACAGUUACUGUUUCCUCUGGUAUUGUGCAUUUAAACUGUCCAAAUAUAAACUUUCCUGACUUUUGUUGAGGACUUGGCAGCACAGCAUGUCACCUGUAACCUACCUGCCAGUGGUGUGAACUGUGACUAGUAGCAGGUUUCCUGCCUUGCGAAACACUGAAUCAGUCACUGCUGGUGGCCCCUCCCUCGUGCCCUCGGACAGAGGAUUGUAUUAUGAAGACUAACCAUGUAAUAAUAAGUCUACCUUAGCGAAAAGAAUAUGUUGUGUUUUAUGUGAAUAAAGUAAAUAAAGUGGAAAUUAUGAGUAACAUUUUGACUAGUCUUUCCUAGCCAAAUUUACACAAAUCAAGAAUGGCUCUCUUUCCUUGAGCUUGUUCCAAUUAAGUUUAAGGCAGCGGGCAUUAAUAUUUCCAAGGUUCUGUGAAUAGCCAUUUGAAUAUUAGUUUGACUAUAUUAAAGCCUCAAUUGCUUGAUAGAAAUUCAGGGUGCAGUAACUGUUCUGCAGGUAUUGAGGGUUUAUGAGAAAACAGAUUAGUCUGUUGAUGUUUUCUACUAAGUUUACAUAAUCGCCGUACAAACCUCACAUUCUCAUCCCACUCUACUGCUCCCAGUAAGGAAUCUUCCUUGAAUCCUUUAGGCUCUGAAACCACUUGCAAAGUUGAAGAGGGAGUGGAUCCUGGUUCUGUGAGGUGGUGGUUAGGGGAAGAACUCUCAAGCCUAACACCAUCUUCCCCUAACAACGUGCCACUUCACUGUUCUGGCAGUAUUUUUCCAUCUGUGAGCACAGGAUUCCAGAUGCCCUAGAGAAAGGUCAAGCCCACUAGCCACUGGAGCCUGAAAUUCUAGGGGAGGAAGAAGAUGCUGUGGAGGGAUGGUGCAGGCUGGCUUGUCCUUUUACAGAGCAAUAUUCAGGCUGUUGAUUUAGGGUCCUGUGGAAACCUUAGUGGCAUAGUGGUUAAGUGCUACGACUGCUAACCAAAAGGCCGGCGGUUCGAAUCCACCAGGCGCUCCUUGGAAACUCUAUGGGGCAGUUCUGCCGUCCUGUAGGGUUGCUAUGAGUUGGAAUCGACUCGACGGCAGUGGGUUUGGUUUUGGUUUUUUUUGGUGGGGUGAUGACAACUGAAGGAUUAUCAAAGCAAAUUUUAGAAGAUAAAUGGUAGAAGAGGCCAUCCUAACCAAGGAAUCCUCUGAGACUUUACUGAUCAUUCAAAAUUAGCUUAUCAUUUAAAUUUCUCAGAAUCAGUUUUUCAUAACAGAUAGAAGCCACCAUGCUUACUUAAAACAUGGCCUUGUUAAGUCCCUUUAUAGGCUGGCAAAGGUAAGUGGGUGGCUUCUGAGGCUCGGCUGGGAUAACACGGCUAGAUGGCCCCAAUUCAUGCUUGUAGCCUCCUCUGCCUCAUAGGAGCCCACACGGCAGUUCUAAGUUCACAUCUGCCCUUUUCCAGUGACACCUGAACAAACAGCCUUUUGCACGAGUGCUUCUGGCCAACUGAAAUAUUUCCAAGUGACAUGAAUAACAUCAACUUAGUUAAGCCAUUUGGUUUCCAAAAAAAGUUGGACUCCCUAUUUGUGACAAGGUAUAAAAUGUGGUAAGUUAAAAUUAAAUAACAUACUCAAACUUGUUUGGAUAAUUACCUACAGCACAAUCACAUUUCUGUUAAAAUCACCUUUUAACAAAGGUCUUCCCCCACCACAUGGUCUUUUUUUCCAAACUCUGCACAAUAAAUAUUUUGGUUAAACUAAAAUUUGCUGAACCCUUUGGAGUCUGGGCUAAGAAGAUUUCACACAGUGCUUGGAAGCCGCCUAGUCGGCUCCUCAGUCGCCUUUCUUGAUCCCCAGGGAAGAGUGGUGUGUUAGCACACAGGACACCUUCCUCGUCAGGAAUCUGGGACCGACAGUCUUCACUCUCCCUCAGUGUGGCUGUCCUUGGAAAAAGAGAACCAGGGGCAGAUGCCCCCACAGAUUCCUCUCUCUAAGUCUUCUACAUCGUUUGUGGGUAUCCCUAUUCUCAGGGACAGCCUUACCCUCCUGGGAAAGGGACAGAGAAAUGCAUAUAAUUAGAAAUGUUUGAUACAUGCUUUAAUAUUACAUUGAAGACACUGUAGCAGAAGAGUAUCAGACCACUUACAUACCAGGCAGUGUCAAGC